AGUCUGUAACACAGCCCAGCCUGCUCUCUGUGCAUUCACAGUCGAGGCAACACAGGAUACACACUCACACACACACUCGCUCACUUAAUCAUAUCUCAAACUGGAGUCGGAGUGAGGAAGCAGAAUGUCAGGAAAGGAAGCGCUGAAGCCAGUGGGAAAGCAAAGUUUGCCUCACGUCUGUGGAGUUCCUUUCUGAAGAGUGGAAGCUUAAAUUUACAACAGCAGGCGUAUAUCUGAAGAUUUUUUUUUCUGGUUUGCCUUUUUUGGAAAUAGACUAGAAAACUAGAAAGGUAGUCAGUAUUAGAAUCUCAACUUUCACUUGGAUACCAUCCUCAAGAUCUGGAGAAGACAUACAUCAGGAGGAAAUUCUUGAAAUUCUCUUUGUCUCCGACCACUCACUGCUCCACAGGUCUCUGAGUCCCAUCAUCUGCUGCCGUCAUUGAACUGCAGGAGGACACAUCCUCAGGUUUAUACCACACAUUCAGACCACUAAGAAGAUGAGUCUGUCACUGAACGGGACGCUGGAGAAGACCAUGUCCGAGACGGCCCCCUCUGAGCCACGCUCCCCCUCCAGAGUGGGGUCAGCGGUCGUGGUGCCGCCUCCCUACUCGCUGGGCGGCAGCGAGGUGGCUGAUUCCCCCCUGGAGCUGAGGGGCUCUCUGGACUGCUGGGCCUGCUCUGUGCUGGUCACUGCCCAGAAUCUCAUCAUCGCACUGAUCAACGGCGUGCUGGCCUCCAUCGUGUUCGGCACCAUCCUCACCCCUGCUCUGAUUAUGGUCAUAUUCGGCUUCCUCUGCCACUCCACGGUGCAGCCCCAUGGAACAUCUCUGUACUGCUCAGACGUGCUGGAUGACGGCGGCUGCGUGGCCCUGCUGGUUGUAGGUUUCCUGCUGCUCACCCCUCUGCUGGUCCUGGCCCUGGCGGCCUACUGUCGCCUGGCCCGACACCUCCAGCUGGGCAUGUGCUUCAUCCCCUACAGCCGCGCCGUCUACAAGAACCUGCCCCUCCAUCGCCACCGGAAGUCUGAUGGGGUUGGCUGCUGUGGUCAGCAGGGGGCUUCAGACAGGGAGGGGAAGGGCAGCAUAUGGGUGUAGGGGAGGAGGGGAGGAGAAUGGGGAGGAGCGCAGAGGAGGAAUGUCUAAAUGAUUGUAAGAUGUAUCCAUUGAGUCAUUUUGUUUGAGUUUAGCUUUUUUUUCUAAUGCAAAUUGCCAUUGUACUUCUAUACAGCCAUUGUAAAAAUCCAUCAUCAUUUAUUGUGAUUGUUUGGAAUUCAAUAUUGCCUUUUAUAUACUUUUCCACAUGUAUUUUUUAUACUUUUUAAAAACAGUGUUGGUUGACCUGCGAGCUGAAUUUUGUGUUUUUUCUUCAAAAUACAUCAAAAUAAUGUGCACAUAUGGUGUUGCAAGCAUCAUUAUUCCAAGUCUGUGGGAUUAGAGCUUCUGUGGUAAGACUGUAAAGACACGUCAUUUAACGGGACAACAUUUCUACAGGUGUCCAACAUGUUGAUAAUUCUCAUUAAAACGUGAACAUUCAAACAA